AUGUGGAAGGUAGCUACCGAGGAAACUAAAGAAGGUUAUAAGAAACUACACAAACGAAACUUGGAAUAUUACAACCAGGGCAUUGAGGCACCAGAAAUUAAUACAGAAAUGAAAAACAAAUUGAUGCAAACACCAAUGAAUGAAAGAUUUGAAAUGAUAACAAUGUUGCUUACCUCAUUCAAGAAUCAAUGUAACCUAUUAGAAAUGGAAAAUUCAAAGAAUAAUCAAUUGAAAUCUGAUCUUGUAAAGAGAGCAACCAUUUCAGCAGAUGAAAUUUCAUCCCUUUCGAGUGUUAAACAAUUACAAGAAUUACAAAAUGCUCUGAAAAAGUCCAAUGAUUUGAUUCAGGAAGAAUUAUUCAAACGAUUAAUAAGAACAGAGCAACAAACAUCAUCAAUAUUUAAAUAUUACUGUUUAUUAAUUAUUAAAUAA